GAGUGGUCAUAUACAAUGAUUGAUCUAACUCGAACUGAAUCCUUCUCUGCGUCGCAUCGUUUGAACAGUAUCCAGCUAUCAGACGAACAAAAUCAGCAGCUAUACGGAAAGUGUAAUAAUUUGAAUGGACAUGGACAUAAUUAUUCAUGGGAAGUUACGUUGCGUGGGCAAAUCGAUCCCAUUAAUGGAAUGGUUUAUAAUCUAAGCGAUUUGAAAAAGGAGAUGGCCGAUGUGUUAGAAUUAGUGGAUCAUAAAAAUCUUGAUCUCGAUGUCGAGUAUUUCAAAAGCACCCAAACGGUGAGCACAACUGAAAAUUUGACUGUGUUCUUAUGGAACGAACUGAGGAAACGUAUGAAGAAUCCGAAGCUGUUGUAUCGAUGUACUGUCCAUGAAACGUCAAAGAAUCGAUUCUCUUAUUAUGGUUCUUGA